CCCUCUUCUUUUCCACAGUGACUAAAGGCAUACUUCUCUUUUUCAGGCUUAAAUACAAGGUGAAUAAGGAUGUCCAUAGUCACACUCCAGCUUGGACAGUGUGGCAAUCAGAUUGGCCACGAGGUGUUCAAUGCUAUCUGUGGUGAUGUCCAUGGCACACAUGGGUUGUGUUCCAAGAAGGAGAAUGAGUCCUACCAUGAUGCUUGCCAAGAACGUUUUUUCAGUGAGGAGGAAUCUGGAGGAACUGUUGCCCGGGCUGUGCUUGUGGACAUGGAACCUAAAGUAAUCAGCCAAACACUGUCAAUAGCUGCCAGGUCUGGCUACUGGAAAUAUGAUGAUCAGUCCCACUUCUGUCAGAAGCAAGGGUCUGGGAACAACUGGGCAAACGGUUACUCUGUUCACGGGCCUAGACACAAAGAAGUAAUAAUGAAUCUGGUACAAAAAGAAGCAGAGAAAUGUGAUCGACUGGGUGGAUUUUUCACAAUCAUGAGCAUGGCUGGUGGGACAGGAUCUGGCUUGGGAGCAUUUGUCACCCAGUGUUUAAGAGAUGCUUUUCCAGCCUCAUUUAUACUAAACCAUGUUAUCUGGCCCUAUAGCACUGGUGAGGUCAUUGUUCAAAACUACAACUCUGUUUUGACUCUGUCCCACCUGUAUCGGUCUUCAGAUGCCCUUCUUGUUCAUGAAAAUGAUGCCAUCCACAAGAUCUGUGCUCAGCUGAUGAACAUUAAACAAAUCUCCUUCAGGGAUGUAAAUCAAGUCAUUGCACAUCAGCUGGGGAGUGUUUUGCAGCCAGUUUACACAGCAGAAAGUGGCUCCCAUUACAGCAGAAACCCAUUAGGAGACUUAAUGGAGACAUUAGUUCCACAUCCUGAAUUCAAGAUGUUGGGUCUUCGUAACAUACCUCAGAUGCCUGAGGACUCCCUGGCUUACAGCACCUUCAGUUGGCCUGGACUCAUCAAACAUUUAAGGCAGAUGCUCAUUGCCAAUGCUAAAAUGGAGGAAGGUAUUGAUUGGCAAGUAAAACCACCACGUCCAGGCUCCUCCAUCCCCUCCAGUCAUUCCACAAACAAGCCCCCACAUUUCAAUACUUCCAUUGCCAACCUGGUUAUCCUGCGAGGAAAAGAUUUACACAGUGUUGACUUAGGUAAGGAACACAGAGCCUAUAUUCACCAGUACACUAAACAUGGAAUAGAAGAGGAAGAUUUCCUGGACAGCUUCACAGUUCUGGAACAAGUUAUCUCCAGUUACACCAUCCUUUGA